AUGCCCGACUGCGGUUCAAUUGUGGACGGGGUUGUGCGGUACCCUCCUUCUGGGAUCAACGUUGUCAUUGUUGGCGCAGGCCUGGGAGGCUUGCAGGGCAGCUGUCGAGUUUUGGAGGAAGGGCAAUUUGCCGUACCGAAGGCUGAAGUCGAGCACCACCUCCCGGGAGUUGCCACACAUGUGAUAUGGCCCAUCCGAGCAAAGCCGAUUGUUAGCCGACGAGAUCUCGCCAUGAUUUUCCUUGGCCAAUGCGAGCGACUGGGAAUUCCUGUGACAUAUGGUGUAGACAUCGCCCAUUACUCAGAAGAUGGGCAGGGAACCGCCACCGCCCAUGUCGAAGAUGGCCGCAGCUUCACUGGCAAUGUUGUAAUAGCGGCAGAUGGCAUCGGUUCCAAAAGCUGCAGUAUGACCCUGGGCAAGCCUGUUCGCGCAGUGAGCACGGGUUACUGUGCUGAUCGUGUCAUGUAUUCGACCGACCACAUCAGAGAUGCCCCUGCACUGCAGAAAGCGAUUGUCGAACUCCAACGACCUCAGCUCCGCAUGUAUACCGCUCCUGACAUGUACAUUAUCUUCCUCUUGUCAAAGACACACAUUUUCCUCGGUUUUACGCACAAGGACGAUGGAACAGCUGUGGAAUCCUGGUCGUCGACUGUGACUCCCGAGCAAACUGCGGACGUGAUGCCCGACAAGGAGGGCUGGGACCCAGUUCUCAUGGAAGCGAUUCACAGCACCCCACCAAACACUGUUGUGCGAUGGAAGUUAUGUUGCCGGAACCCGCAACCAAAGUGGCACUCCGACGGUGGUCACAUCAUUCAGCUUGGUGAUGCAGCCCACAGCUUCAUCCCAUCAUCUGGAAACGGGGCAUCAUGGCCCUCGAGGACGCCAUGCAAAGAUCGAACAGCUCUUGCCGUUCGCGCUCAUCAGCUUCUCAGACAUGAGCGUACUUCGCUUUUGCAACACAACGGUUUCGUCAAUAGGCAUCAGGUCCACCGCGAUAUGAAUGAGAUUCUCAAGGAUGAAAGGCAGCCCAUGCUCCUCGGGAAAUGGGUCUGGACUCACCAUGCCGAAAAAUACGCCACAGAGAACUUCGAAGAGGCGUGUUCGGCAGUCGAGUCUGGCAAGCCAUUCAGAAACACCAAUUUGCCUGUGGGUCAUGAGAUCCAACCCUGGAGUAUCGAAGACGAGGAAGAAAAGGAUAAAUCUGGUAUCUUUGUUGAGGAUCUAAAGAAUACCGGCGACUGA